UGUUCAAAGCGGGCGCAGUCUUCACAGGACGAGGCAUCUCCCACGCACUAUAUAUGGUGCAGCUUGUCCCGUCGCAUAUCGCAUAAUUGCAGCAUGCCAUGAACGGCACUCCCCGGCUUCGGUCUGCUUUUCCGCAGACACCACAAACCGCUCCGAGAUUUAGAGACCACAGUGCGCGAACCCCGACUAGGCCUCAAUUGCACAAUGCGGCAGUCCAGAAACUCCCCGCAAAGGUCCUCACGGGCUCUUCGGAUGCGAAAUCGCCUCUCAUACCAGCGGGUGUCAUCGACGCGCCCUCGCAGCGACUUUAUGUCGCGGCUUUCUACCUGGCAUUGAAUACGUGGCGGGUGUACGAUUCUUGGAGUGCAUCUGACGAUCUAGAUUCAACCUGGCUUUUCCUGAAAUGGGCAGCCGUUGAUGGAGUCUUCCUCUUCGGCCUGCAAGCGCUGCGGAUUCCCUGGUUGGAAUGGGCCUUUCCUACAACACUAGCAAUCUUCUUGAUUCACGUCGCCGGAAACAUAUUCCUAAUGUUUCAGAUACCUAUUCCUGUGGGUGCUUGGAUUGCGGGAGCAAUCAAACUAGCUUAUGAUAGGGAACUGUCCAUAUCUGAGCGGAGUGUGAAACCAGGGGACAUAAUUCACAAUGCAUCGCUUAUCCUGGGCAAGCAGAUUGUCCAUAUCUUACCAGAAGGCUCGGCUAUUUUGAACCCUGAUCAUAUACCGCUCUGUAUUGGUACAUCCAGAACUGCUGUUGAUUUACCUAUACGUGUGAAUCAGACAGAUCCUAUUUUGAUAGAGUUGUUGCGGCUGGAUUAUGACAGUGGCGAAAAUGAAACCAUUUCAAUUCCAGCAAAACAGCUGAAAAAUAUGAAGCGUCAAGCAGACAGGUCUCUCCCAAAAACACGAUCCAGCCUCCAUCGUGAUCUCAUUUUUCCUGUCAAGCGACCCGGAAUAUAUCGUCUGCAAAGAGUAGUGGACGAGUCAAAUCUUGACGUUCAUAUGAGAUCCUCUGACGCUCUCGUUGCCGCGUGCCCUCGAGCAACGAUCAAGGAUUCCCCUACUCACAAAUGUAGGGGUGAGCUCUCGAACCUAGUCUUGGUGGUUGAGGGCACUCCUCCUUUGAAAAUCAAAUACAGCAGACAGGUCAACAAUCUCGAUCGAGGCUUCUCUUUCCACAAUAUCCAACCCGAUCAAUUACGCUCGCCAUUGUUAGGCCAACAAACAAGCGGUACUCUCUUCAAUGCGAAAGAAUCAGAUGUGACCUGGGCUCGGAGCCAAAGCAUUGAAGUCCCUUUGAACGAGUCUCUUAACGUUGGCGGGGAAUGGAUUUACACAAUUGAGGAAGUCCACGACGGCUCAGGGAACAUUGCGAAUUACUCAAUACUAUUGGACGUUGAAAGGCUAUCUACAAAAUCUUCAUCGCAAUGGCAUGAGUUCUCCGUUCACGAAAGACCUCGACUUUCCUUGUCUGGCUGCAACGAUCAAAGUUUCCUGGAAGUGGCACAAGGCGCAAGCGUGGACCUACCUCUGAAUUACCAUCAGUCGGGACAAGGCUACGGGAAUGAUGGACCGUUCUCUCUGGUCUAUACGUUCAAUGGUGAGGCUCAGCCGGGUCAUGCAGAUCUGCCAAGCAAAAUACGCCAGGCAUCACUGAGUAAUCUUGAUCAGAAGCCCCAGAUCAAGGAUCCAGGCUGGUACAGGUUGAAUUCUCUUUCCAGUCAAUACUGCUCUGGAGAAGUGCUAGAGCCUUCGUCUUGUUACUUAAGAAAUCCACCGGAACCCGACAUGACUGUCAAGUAUGAAAGAAUUUUCGACAAAUGUGCAAAUAAUCCCGUUGGUCUACUCGUGGACCUAGAUCUAACCGGGUCUCCACCCUUCCGGCUUCGAUAUGUCAUUGAGCAUGCAAAAGGUGUCGAAACCCGAGCCCAAUCAAUCGAUGGCCUUCGUGCUCAGCUUGACUUCACGCCACCAGAAGCCGGGUUGUAUCGCUAUCGCUUUCUAGACAUUGCAGACACUGUCUAUGGUCCCCAGUCCCUCCAAGACAAGGUGCCCGUCCUCGAGCAAGAUGUGAAGCCACCCGCCUCUGCACACUUCUUGGGACCCAAAGUUGUACGCAAAGCCUGUUUUGGAGAACCGGUGUCCGUGGAUGUCGCUUUCUUAGGCGAGGCCCCCUGGACAAUGCAGUAUGAAGUGGUUCAUAAUGGCAAAAAGACGAAAUACACCUUGGAUUCUGACAGCGAAAUAUCCACUAUUGUGACCGAACGGCUCGUUAGUGGUGGUGAGUACCUGGUCCUUCUCACAAGCGUCAAAGAUCGCUCGAAUUGCAAGCGAGCCCUCAAGGAUAGCAUCAGAAUAGAUGCACGCUCAAAACCGCCCCAUGUGGCGUUUGGCGAAAUAGAAAGGAGCAGACGAUAUUCGGCCUUGCAGGACUCGAACGUUGAUCUUCCGAUCAGGCUAAGCGGAGAGCGACCCUGGAACGUGAAGUACAAGAAUGUGAACGCCAGCUCUGCCGUGUACGAGAAGACAUUCUGGCACGAGAAUAGCUUCUUGAACGUGGCACAGGACGGACAGUACGAACUUGUUGGUGUGGCCGACAGUUCGUGUCCUGGCUUUGUCGACCAGGAAGGCAGCGUGUUCGAGGUUUCUUGGAUUCCUCGCCCGCGAAUCACAACCGUGGAUGGCUCGCCUGUUGGAUCCGACGGUCGUAUCAUGAAACGUGAUGUUUGCCAGGGAGACGAUGACAGCCUCGAAGUUCGGCUUUCUGGGAAUGCCCCAUAUAGUAUCCAAUACGAGCAACAACGAAAGCCGUUACGCGGUUCAUCUUCUGUUCGAGUGCAAAGUUUACGAACCGCCCUUAACGCUGCCUCUCUGGAAAUGGAUACAUCUGAAGCCGGCCUGUACACGUACAAGUUCACAGAGGUCGGCGACAACCUCUACGAUCAGGAUCCCGGAGUCAAACCAGUGGUCGUGACUCAGAAAGUGAACCCUCUCCCUUCCGCACGAUUUGAUUCACCAGGCCGUAUUUAUGGAUUUUGCAAGGAAGAUGUCAGCGGCGAAGAAUUGAUUCCCAUCACUCUUGAGGGUGUUACACCUUUCUCCCUUGAGAUUUCUAUCAAGCAUCACUCAAAGGCGAAACCAGAAGUUGUAACGAUUUCAAAUAUCAAUGCCAAUCGACACCAUCUCCCUUUGCCACGACGUCAUCUCGAUCUCGGCCAACAUGUUGUCAGUAUUCGCAAAGUGACUGAUGCACGUGGUUGCCAGCAAACCACUGAGUACGAUUCCUCUUCGGUUAGAGUCGCAGUAUCGGACGUGCCUACAAUAAUUCCACUUGAGUCAAAAUCAGAUUACUGCGUGGGCGAACGACUCUCCUUCUCGCUAUCCGGUCAUGCUCCAUUUGACGUGUUUUACACAUUCGACGGAGCUUCCAGGAAGGCCACUUCCAAAACCACCACUUUUCGUCGUAUCGCAGAGAAACCUGGCGUUUUCAGUAUAACAGCCGUCAGCGAUGGUGCCAGCGGGAGAUGCAAAGCCCACAAAAGUAUCACCAAAACCAUUCACGAGAUGCCAAGUGUCAGGAUCAGCAAAGGACAAGUGUCUGUCGUGGAUAUACACGAAGGAGGAGAAGCUGAACUUCAGUUCGAGUUCUGGGGCACACCGCCGUUUGAAUUCACAUAUGUGCGAAGCUCAAACGCUCGGAAGGGAAAGAAAUCUGAAAUACUUGAUGUCAAACAUGAUGUCUCUCACGAGCAUACGAAAACAAUCAAAACUUCGGACGAAGGCACUUAUGAAGUGGUGGCAAUCAAAGACAAGUAUUGUUCUUUUUCUUCCCACAUACCGGCCGGAAAGACUGAAAGAGUGAUGGCUUGAGCCUGAGUGGAUGAACGGAGUGAUAUACAAUGUCAUGGAAACCAGGAUUAUACACGAGUCUUUCUUUUCGGAUCC